AUGAUUACCACAGUCAAAUUAAUUAAAAUGCAUCCAUCACUUCACACAGUUACUUUUGUGUGUGUGGUGAGAACACUUAGGGUCUUAACAGAUUUCAAAUAUACAAUAUGGCAUUCUUCCCUGGUGGCUCAAAUGGUGAAGAAUCUGCCUGCAAUGCAGGAGACCCAGGUGAUCCCUGGGUCCAGAAGAUUCCCUGGAGAAGGGUAUGGCAACCCAUUCCAGUAUUCUCGCCUGGAGAAUUCUAUGGACAGAGGAGCCUGGUGGGCUACAGUCCAUGGAAUCACAAAGAGUCGGACAUGA